AUGUCAAAGCCAGAUGAAAACGCAGAUACAGGGGAUACGGGAGACAAUUCGAAUGGAUCUUCGGCCGAGACCACGUCGUCUCGAGGUGGUGAUUUUGAAACAAAACUCGAAACCGAUCGUAGUAAACGAUUCGAUUAUUUAUUAAAACAGACUGAAAUAUUUUCACACUUUAUGACAAAUAAUCAGAAGGAUAAAGCUGGAAGUCCCUUAAAAAUUAAAGCUGGUAGGCCUAGGAAGCAGCCUAUAGAAAAUCAAGUAAAAUCCGAUUCUGGUGACCACAGGCAUCGUAAGACAGAACAAGAAGAAGAUGAGGAAUUGUUGGCUGAAAGUAACGCCAGUGUUGCACCAACCACUCGUUUCGAAUCUUCUCCACAUUACAUCAAGUCCGGUGAGUUACGAGAUUAUCAAAUACGAGGUUUAAAUUGGAUGAUAUCAUUAUAUGAGCACGGUAUUAAUGGUAUCCUGGCUGACGAGAUGGGUCUUGGUAAAACACUGCAGACUAUUUCGUUGCUGGGAUAUAUGAAACACUUCAGAAACAUUCCUGGACCACAUAUAGUCAUCGUUCCCAAGUCUACAUUAGCUAACUGGAUGAAUGAGUUCAAAAAAUGGUGUCCAAGUUUGAGGGCAGUUUGCCUUAUAGGAGAUGCAGAGACUAGGAACACUUUCAUCAGAGAGGUUAUGAUGCCCGGCGAAUGGGAUGUCUGUGUAACAUCCUACGAGAUGGUUAUAAAGGAAAAAUCUGUGUUUAAGAAGUUUAAUUGGCGCUACAUGGUAAUUGACGAGGCUCAUAGAAUAAAGAACGAAAAGUCUAAGCUGUCUGAGAUUUUGAGAGAGUUUAAAACAGCUAAUCGUCUCCUGCUGACAGGAACACCAUUACAGAAUAAUCUUCACGAACUGUGGUCCUUGCUCAACUUUUUAUUACCAGAUGUAUUUAAUAGUUCAGAUGAUUUUGACUCUUGGUUUAAUACUAAUAGUUUCUUAGGUGAUAAUUCAUUAGUUGAAAGAUUACAUGCUGUCCUUAGACCAUUCCUUUUGAGGCGUUUGAAAUCUGAGGUAGAGAAAGGACUAAAGCCUAAGAAAGAAAUCAAAGUGUACAUUGGACUCAGUAAAAUGCAAAGAGAAUGGUAUACCAAGGUACUUAUGAAAGAUAUAGAUAUAGUUAAUGGUGCUGGCAAGAUUGAGAAAAUGAGAUUGCAAAAUAUUUUGAUGCAACUGCGCAAAUGUUGUAAUCAUCCAUAUUUGUUUGACGGCGCAGAACCUGGACCACCUUACACAACUGAUGAACAUCUUGUUUAUAACUGUGGCAAAAUGGUAAUCUUAGACAAAUUAUUACCAAAAUUACAGCAACAAGAAUCACGUGUCCUUAUAUUUAGUCAAAUGACCAGAAUGUUGGAUAUUUUAGAAGAUUACUGCCAUUGGAGGGGUUUCCAAUAUUGUCGUUUAGAUGGAAACACCGCACACGAAGAUAGACAGCGUCAGAUCAAUGAAUACAAUGCACCGGGAAGUGAAAAAUUUAUUUUCAUGUUGUCAACUCGUGCUGGUGGUUUAGGUAUUAAUUUAGCAACGGCAGACGUAGUGAUUAUUUACGAUUCUGACUGGAAUCCGCAAAUGGAUUUACAGGCGAUGGACCGAGCCCAUCGUAUAGGUCAACAAAAACAAGUCCGUGUAUUCAGGUUUAUCACAGAGAACACCGUAGAGGAAAAGAUCGUAGAACGUGCCGAGGUUAAAUUGCGUUUAGAUAAACUAGUUAUUCAACAGGGGCGAUUAGUGGAUGCAAAACAAACAGCAUUGAACAAAGACGAAAUGUUGAACAUGAUCAGGCAUGGUGCAAAUGAAGUAUUUGCAUCAAAAGAUAGUGCCAUUACGGACGAGGACAUAGAUACUAUUCUUCAGAAAGGUGAAGCCAAAACUGAAGAGAUGAAACAAAAACUAGAAAGUUUAGGUGAAUCUUCUCUGCGGAAUUUUACCGUAGACGCACCCACGGAUUCCGUUUAUCAAUUCGAAGGUGAGGAUUAUCGCGAGAAGCAAAAAAUUCUUGGAAUAGGAAACUGGAUAGAGCCACCAAAACGUGAACGCAAAGCCAACUACGCUGUCGAUGCUUACUUCAGAGAAGCUCUCAGAGUAUCGGAGCCAAAAGCUCCAAAAGCACCUAGACCUCCAAAACAACCGAUAGUUCAAGACUUUCAGUUCUUCCCGCCACGACUAUUCGAAUUACUUGAUCAAGAAAUAUACUAUUUCCGGCAAACAGUGGGUUAUAAGGUUCCAAAAAAUCCAGAACUUGGAUCAGACGCCGCUAGAAUUCAAAAGGAAGAGCAACGUAAAAUAGAUGAAGCUCAGCCAUUGACCGACGAAGAGGUUGCAGAAAAAGAGAAACUGCUUACUCAAGGAUUCACGAAUUGGACGAAGCGAGAUUUCAAUCAAUUCAUAAAAGCUAACGAAAAAUAUGGUCGAGAUGAUAUUGAAAAUAUUGCCAAGGAAGUUGAAGGAAAAACACCUGAAGAAGUGAUGGAAUACUCAGCUGUUUUCUGGGAGCGAUGCCACGAAUUGCAAGAUAUAGACAGGGUGAUGGCUCAAAUCGAACGAGGAGAAGCAAAGAUACAGAGGCGUGCUGGAAUUAAAAAAGCCUUGGACGCGAAAAUGGCUAGGUAUCGUGCUCCUUUCCAUCAGUUGAGGAUAGCAUACGGGACGAACAAAGGGAAAAAUUACACGGAAGAGGAAGAUCGUUUUCUCGUCUGUAUGUUGCAUAAACUUGGCUUUGACAAGGAAAAUGUAUAUGAGGAGCUUCGUGCUACCGUCAGAUCGGCGCCACAAUUUCGUUUCGACUGGUUCGUGAAGUCUCGUACAGCUUUGGAACUUCAACGACGAUGCAACACGUUGAUCACGCUGAUUGAGCGUGAAAAUCAAGAGUUGGAGGAGCGAGAAAGACAAGAGAGAAGGAAGAAGGGCGGCAGCAUUGGAGCAAAACCAGCGUCCAAACGGAAGCAAGAGAAUCUACCAGCGCCGCAAGACAAAUCGCGAAAAAAGAAAAAAUAA